GUUUCGGAGGACACUGGUGUUAGAUAAUCGGUUUUAGCAUUUUUUUCACUCAACAUUUUUUCCCCAGGCGCUUAUGUUAGGGAUUCAGAGUGAUUUUUAUGAGACAGGCAGAUUAUUCCUGUCCAUCUGACAAGGGUGCUCAGUAAGACACACAUGAGGAGCUCAUGGCAACAUUUAACUGCAUUGAACUUACUUUCAAGAUGGGUCGAGGAACUUCAACCUAUGAACUUCUUAAACUUGGGUUCUACACCUUCCUAAAUGACAACGUAUUGAGUAAAAACGUUUAGAGCGUUUCAUUAGGAUGACAGAAUCCUUCACAUUUUAAGCAGUUCUCUGCCAGCUCCAGUGCUUUGUUACCUGCUUAAGUUACACAUACUACAUUCAAUUCAUCUCCAAAUGCCACCAUGCCCAUCAUCAGCAAUGCCAACCAUGACUUUAGCAAUCUCUCAGUCAGCACAGAUGACAGCAGCCUUGACCUGUUUUUCUCGGAAAUUCCAGAGACCGAAACCAUCAAAGGUGUGUACUUUCAACGGGCCCAACAACUACACAGCAUCUCGGCCUUCAGAGAUGUUGACCACAGUAAACUAGCCCUCAUCAACGUCGGAGGAGAUCGCUACACAUUUCCCUGGAGCACAUUGGAGCAAUUCCCACUCACACGUUUGGGACAGCUAUGUCACUGCAGCAGCCCCGACGAUAUCGCUCAGCUUUGUGAUGAUUAUGAUGAGGCCCGGAGAGAGUACUUUUUUGACCGGAGCUCUGUGGCCUUUCGGGUCAUCUUAAACUUCCUGGCUGCAGGGAAACUGAGGCUGCUGAGGCAGGUGUGUGCUGUGUCACUGUCUGACGAACUCACCUACUGGGGCAUCGACCCCAUUCACAUGGAACGCUGCUGUCGGCGUAAGAUGUUGUCCCGUGUGGAAGAAGUGGGAGAGAAGAAAAGGAAGGAGGAAGAGAGGAGGCAGAAAAGGCUAGCCCUACAGAGGCCUCUAGUACAAGAGAAGGGCUACAUCUGGCUCAUGAGCCGGCUGCAAGAAAUAGUGGAAAACCCUCAUUCUGGCUGGCUUGGGAAAAUCUUUGCAUGUUUCUCAGUUGUCAUGAUUGCCGUGACAGUCAUCAGCUUGUGUGUCAGCACCAUGCCUGAUCACGACAACAAGGGUGAAUGCUCCGAAAAAUGUCGCAACAUAUUCAUAGUGGAGACGGUGUGCGUGGCCUGGUUCUCCAUGGAGUUUUUGCUGCGCUUCCUGCAGGCUCAAAGCAAACUACAGUUUGUUCGAAAUCCACUUAAUAUCAUAGAUGUCAUAGCCAUUCUCCCAUAUUACAUUUCUUUAGUCGUUGACGGCAAAGAUGAAUCUGAAGAAUCCGAGCUUAACAGUGGCGCUGGUCGUGGAUAUUUAGAUAAGCUGGGUUUAAUUCUGCGAGUCAUGCGUGCCCUGCGCAUCUUGUAUGUGAUGCGACUGGCACGACACUCGCUGGGCCUUCAGACGCUGGGACUUACGAUACAACGGAGUAUGCGAGAAUUUGGACUCCUGCUUCUCUUCCUCUGCGUGGCUGUAGCUCUUUUCUCACCUCUCGUACAUUUGGCAGAGAAAGAAUUCACAAAGGACAAGCCCACUGGGCCCCACAGCUUCAGCAGCAUUCCUGCUUCCUAUUGGUGGGCUAUCAUAUCCAUGACGACAGUUGGCUACGGUGACAUGGUACCACACAGUAUACCUGGCCAGGUUGUUGCCUUUAGCAGUAUACUGAGUGGUAUUCUUAUCAUGGCUUUUCCAGCUACAUCUAUCUUUCAUGUGUUUUCUCGCUCAUAUCACGAGCUGAAGCGUGAACAGGAAAUGAUUAGUAAAGAAGAGCGAGUAGCCAUCUUGGAUGCAAAUGCUAAAGAGGACGCCCAGAGGGUGCUGGAGAGGCGCUCUUUUGCUUGGGACAGCACUAACAGUAAUAGUCUACACAAGGGCAAUGGCACAACUGCCAGUCAGCCAGAUGCAUGCUGCAAUGACUUCUGAUCUAUUAUUUGCAUGUCUCUUCAAACUUUGUUGGAUUUCUUAUUUUCUACAUGUGAUUUGAAUCUGUUGGAAUGAGAUUUCUGUGAUAUAAAUAAUUAUCUCUACCAUUAA